CCAUGAAGGCCAAGGGCAAGAACGUGCCGAAGGAGGGGCUGAAGGCGCCGGAGGUGUGCACGGACCCCGCCAUGCUCGCCACCUACGCCAUGGGGGUCAACUACUUCAAGGAGGGCCCGGAGGUGGCCCUGAAGCCUGACUCCGAGUACCCUGACUGGCUCUUUAAGAUCCACCUCGGUCCCCCCAAGAAGCUGGAGGAGAUGGACCCCGACUCCAUCGAGUACUGGAGGCGCCUGCGGAAGUACAACACGUGGCACCGCAACAAACUGAAGAAGGGCAAGAAGCUGUAG